GCUUCCACUUCGACUUCCGACUUGGACUUGGACUUGGACCCCAACGGCGACUACGAAAACUCGCUCGGCGCUCUGAAGAAGGACCGCUGAACACUAAAAAACCGAAACCGCCUAGCGUAGCUCUAUCGUUUUUUUUCUAGCCCCGCAGUCCGCAAAAAAACCAACCACACCGACCAAACCGGCGCUCGCUUUUCUUUUCUCGACUACGACAGACAGAAGGGACAGAACACAGACCACACAAGGCAAAAAAUGGACAUCGACAAGGGUAUCGUACCGCCUCCCUCGAGCAACGGCCGGGACAGGGAGCGCGGACGCGAGUACGACAGGGACAGGGAGCGAGACAGGGAUAGGGACUACGAUCGAGAUAGGCGAGAUAGGGAUAGAGACAGGGAUAGGGAUUAUGAUAGGGAUAGAAGGGAUUUAGCCCGAAGACCGAGGCCCGGCGGGGACCACUGGGAGCCUCCCUCGCGUAACGGAGAUCGCCGCAAACGCUCCCGCAGCCGCUCGCGCUCCCGUUCCCGGCGCAGGUCCGCCUCACCCCGGCGCCGCCGACGCUCCCGUUCGCGCACACGCUCCCGCUCCCCCCGCUCCCGUUCCCGCUCUCGUUCGCGGGACAGGCGGUACAGCUCCCACCGGGACUCUACCCGCGACCGUGACUCCAACACCAUGGGCGGCGGCGGAGGCGGGGGGCUGAGCAGCGACCCCUUUGCGCGCUCGCUCGGCGGCCCGAUGAACGCUACACACGAAGAAGCGAUGGAGUUUGCCAAGAUCAGUAAACGCGAGAAUAGGGUCUAUGUCGGCAACCUCAGCUACGACGUCAAGUAUCGUGAUUUGAUUGAAUUCAUGCGGGGAGCUGGUGAGGUGCUCUUUGCGGAAGUGCUCGUUACGCCUACUGGGAUUUCCAAGGGUUGUGGGAUUGUGGAGUUUGCCUCGCAGGAAGAUGCGCAGCGUGCGAUUAGGGAGUUGUCGGAGCAGCCGCUCUUGGGAAGGCCUGUGUUUAUUCGAGAGGACCGCGAAAACGAAGCCCGUUUCGGCGCCACGCCCGUCCCAGGCAAGAUCGGCAUGGCGAUGGCGGGUCAAGGUCUCCACGCUGCGCCUCCUCCCCGUCCUCCCUCGCACAACUAUUUCAGCGGUGGACCUGGUGGUGGGAAUCCUGGGAAUCAGCUUUAUGUUGGGAAUCUCCCGUAUCAAGCUGGAUGGCAAGAUUUGAAAGAUUUGUUCAGGGCUGCUGGGAGUAUCGUUCGCGCUGAUAUUAAUAUCGGGGUGGAUGGACGACCCAAGGGUUCGGGAACGGUUGUGUUUGAGACUGUGAAGGAUGCUCAGCAGGCUAUCUCGAUGUAUAAUGGCUUCGAUUGGUACGGCCGGAUUCUCGAAGUUCGCGAGGACCGAUACGCAGGUCUCACAGGCCCCGGUUUCCGUGGUGGACUGCGCGGCGGCCCACGAGGCGGUCUACGCGGUCUGCGAGGCGGGUUCCGCGGUGGUUUCGGACGCGGCGGGUUCUCAGGUGGACCCUCUGGUGGUGGUGGUGGACGUGACUUUAACCAGGACAUUUACGCUGACUACUCUGGUCCCGAUUCCGCUGCUAAUACCUCGGGUGGAGGAGGGGGUGGAGGGGGAAGUAAUACGGUCACGGGUGUUGGAGCGGCUUCGAAUGUGAAGUUUGAGACUGGGUAUGGGGGGUAUGCGCCGUUUGGGCCUAAUUAUGUGCCGCCGGAGCCUAGUCAGCAGAUUAUGGUUCGGAAUCUCCCGUGGUCCACGGCCAACGAAGACCUCGUCGAACUCUUCGAAACGACAGGUCAAGUCGAAGUAGCCGAGAUUUUGUUUGAUGGAGCGAGGAGUAAGGGGUGUGGUGUUGUACAGUUUGCGUUGACGAGUGAGGCUGAGACUGCGAUUGCCAAGUUUCAGCAUUAUAUGUAUGGGGGGAGGCCGUUGGAUGUUCGAUUCAAUGAUAGGUGGCAUACAUUCUCGCCUGGAGCUGCCAAGGGUGGACAGGUUGGACAGGCUGAGGGUGCUUAAAUGCGCCCCCUAUCGUCGUCGUCGUGAAGACAUAUGUUAUGACUACUCUGGUUCUUCUUUCUUAUUCCUACUUGUCGUCGGUUUCUUCGGAAUCCCGUCUUUUCUUCCUUAUCGCGUAUUAGUUUCACACUCGCCGUCGUAGUUUCCUUUGUGAUUCCUCAUAUUUCCGCAUUCUCGUUCCUCGUUUUUCUCUUCCUGGUUCUUGACGAGUGUUUGUAAUCUUCCGUACCUACAUCCCGCCUUUUCCUUUUCCGUUUGUCUUUAUCUUUUUCCUUUUCCAUUUUCCGAUUCUUUUCUUGGUCGAUGUAAAUCCCAUAAAAACUGCCUUACCUCUUGCCUGUUGCGUGUUGGCGGCUCGUCCGAACUGAU